AUGGCUUCCGCGUUCUGUAAAUCAGCGUCGAGAGUAGCCUCCAGCUCCUUCGCUAAUCGCUCUAGAACCUUCGCUCAGAAACCUUCGAUUCCGCUUCUUUUUUCUUCGCAAGUUCCUCGUGUUUCAAGGAUUUUAUCGGUUGUUGGAAGUGUUGAAUCAUUGAUGCCUCUUCAUAGUGCCAUUGCUGAUGCUAGACUCACUUCUAAUAUUGCAUCUGAUUCCACUUGCUGGAGCUGGCUUUCUCAAGGACUUGAAAAAACAUUGUGA